CUAGGCCAAGGGGGAUUAGUGGCAGUCUUGGAGCCUGCAUGUUGGGCUCGCCUGCCCUCCUGUAGUCAGCAACGCAACCGCCAUUUCAAGAGACCGCCUGGUCACCUCAGCGAAGUAGACACUUAGUAUCGUUUACAACGUCGGCUUGCUGCCACGCCUAAUACAUUGUCUGCCAGCUGUUUUCUUUAAUUACUCACUCAACAACAAUCCUCAUCCUGCAUACGUUGACACAUAGUCUCACUCCCUCCAUCAUGAAUCCUGAAUACGAUUAUCUCUUCAAGCUCCUCCUUAUCGGAGACUCUGGUGUCGGAAAGUCUUGCUUGCUUCUUCGUUUCGCCGAUGAUACCUACACGGAAAGCUAUAUCUCUACCAUCGGCGUUGAUUUCAAAAUCCGCACCAUUGAACUUGAUGGCAAAACUGUGAAACUUCAGAUUUGGGAUACGGCGGGCCAGGAACGUUUCCGGACCAUCACGUCUUCUUAUUACCGUGGUGCUCAUGGUAUCUGUGUUGUCUACGAUGUGACUGACAUGGACUCCUUUAACAACGUGAAGCAGUGGCUUCAAGAGAUCGAUCGUUACGCCACCGAAGGUGUCAAUAAGUUGCUUGUUGGGAACAAGAGUGAUAUGGAGGACAAAAAGGUUGUCGAGUACACAGUGGCCAAGGAAUUCGCUGAUAGUCUCGGAAUCCCGUUCUUGGAAACCUCGGCCAAGAAUGCCUCAAAUGUCGAGCAGGCCUUCUUGACAAUGGCUAGACAGAUCAAGGAGCGUAUGGGCACUGCUACUGUCAAUAACAAACCAACCGUUCAAGUUGGUCAGGGCCAGGGUGUCCAAUCCGGUUCCGCGGGCGGCUGCUGCUAAAUUGUUAAUGAUUCUGAUCCCGCGUUGCAAUAGGCCAUUUUGGCACGGGGACCAAAAAAGUGAGAAAAGAAAAGGAUAUAUGAGGGUGACCUAUUUGCUGCGCCCCGUUGCCGGGCAGUCUUUGAUUGCCGGCAUGAUUGCAAUCGUCU